CCACCAUUUCUCCAUCGAUCCCUCACAUAUGUGAUCAUGUCUCCAGUCAGGCCAAAGCCAUCAGAGAUAGCUGCCGAAGCAAAGCGUACAUGGCUUCCCUUUAUCUGGCAGAACUAUGUUCGAGACCCCAAAACUUCUUACUUGUACCCUGAUACUCUUGCCGUCAAGGUCAGCUCCGACAAACGAUCAUAUCAUCGGACCAGGGUAGCUGUUAUGGAGGGUGAUCCCGUCACCUACGCUCUGGGUUGGUAUCAGAAUGCGAUUCGGGAUCCUGCACACCGAAAUUGCAAAAGAAUUCCAGUGGUAAACACUGCAAAUGAGAAACGAGCAGGAGGCGACUGGGAGUCGGGGUUGAUGGCACCUGAAGAGUGCUUUGCUCGCAGGAGCAACCUCGUUCAAGCACUGACCAUGCCUUGGAAUGCACAAAUGCCUGGAAGACAUGAGAACUUCUAUCCUAUUCCCCAGAGAGGGGGUGUUUAUUCGCCAGAAGUCUACGUUUUUCGGGGUGGGCCCGACCAAAACUAUGCAACGUUUGCCACAGAUGACAUCGUAUCACUACCCGUCAUCUCGGUGGCACCUGUUCGGAGACCGAAGUUGGACGAAUCGGGAACGCAGUAUAGCUUCGCCCAAGAGCAAGAGUUGAUGAAGGAGAAGAUGCGCACAGUCCUCCGAAUAGCCGCAUAUUGCGGGCACCGCAAUCUCGUCAUAGGCGCUUUCGGUCUUGGACCCAUCUUCCGCAAUCCUCCACGCAAAGUUGCUCAAAUGUGGAAGGAGCUCAUCUUUGACGAGCACGAGUUCAGAGGAGUGUUCACGGAUGUGGUGUUUGCCAUUGAGAGCAGCAUGGUGGCUCCCAUGAAGGGCGAUCAGUCCGAGGCCAACAUUUUCAGAGACGAGUUCUCUCCCGGAAGGAUCUUUCCAAUAUACCAAGCGCAAGGGUACUGAACGCGUAGCAAGGCAGAAGGGGAAAUCCGAACGCGAGAUAGUGGGGGCAAAGCAGCGAGAGAGAGAGACACACCAUCGGACGGUUCAGAGGCGGCAGAAUCGGACUAAAAAAGCUCGGUUAUCUUGAACAGGCGUUAGCAGCAUUUUUUAUUCCUGGAGCAUCUUGCAUUAUCCAAUCAAAACUUCCACUAGUCUCCCAUCAUAUCGGUUCUACAUGGAUUAGUGCCCGCGGUUAUUCCAACAUCUGUCAUAUGCCAUCUCGUCGUCAGACUUGCCGGGCCUGCAUAUCCUUGUUUUGCUGUCUCUCUGAUGAUUCUUCCCUUUGUAAGCCAGCCACGGUACCUACGGUUAUACUGUUACGAUGCGGAGGCUGGCUAUACCGCACAUGAUCCCAAGCAUCCUUCCCGUGGUCCGGCUCAUUUGGCUGAUUAUCACACGCUGCUUGCUGCUAGCUGCAUAUUG